UUUACGGCCCAUUUUCUACUACAGUCUUAUAUCGCGCCAGCUUCAGUCCGGCUUAAUAGGUAUUCUUUGCUAUUCAGCCCAGUAACUGGAUAGCAACCAUGCAUCUCUCGGCCAGUAUCUUCGUCACGAUCCUCCUGGCCGCCGUGGCCCCGGACAGGACUACAGCUCAGCGAAACGACGCGACGAACUCGGUGGCGGGCGAUGGGAGCACGGGUAGUCUCCGCAUACAAACGGUCUCCAACUCGGCACCCGCGGCCACGCCGAUCCCUCCAGAGGUACUGGCAGCCCAACAGUCAAGUGCCGCUGCUGUGGCAUCCGCUGUCGCCGCCGCCAACUCGGCGGCAGCAGCAUCGGGGUUGAAGCCACCUCCGGGUCUGCAAGCCGACGGAUCGCCGGUCUCGCUUCAGCCGCUGCCCGCACUUGUUCCUGGGGAUACCGCCAUCGCUCCGCCGGUUGUGGAACCAUCAACGGCGGCGUCGUCUGUUGCGGCGACGGUGGAAACGCCGUUUGAGGCGGUUGUAGCGCCGAGUCCUUCCGCAACAUUGGCCCCGCCCCCUGGCGUCGACAAGGCGGCGCCAGUGUCCCUUGCACCAUUACCGAACGCACCAGGCGUCGCGAGCUCGGCUGCCGAGCUAACCACGGCAUCAAGUAUUAGCCAGGCCGUAGGAUCUUUUACCCAGAUCCUCAGCCCGCCUUCAGCGAGCGUGGCAGUGGAGACGUCGACCACCGCAGCAGUACCGGAAUCAUCAACUAGUUACACUGCAGUCCUCGCGUCCUUUACCCCCAUUGUGGUCGAUCCGACCACAGCCGCCGUGAUAUUCGAUCCCACCAGCGUUGCCAGCGUCAUCGGCUCCUUCAUCCAGAUCUCCACAAGCUCUGCGCGCUCUAGCUUCGCGGCGCCCGCUCAAGGCUUCGUCUUCGCCAACGGCACAGACGCAGCAUCCCCCUCGGGCGUCGCCCACGCCACAGGUGGCCUCGCCCCUCUCCCGAACAACGAAGCCACCACGUCCCCAUCGUCCGGCUCCCUCAUGCCCCUCCCCACCACCACCACCACCACCAACAACCUCACCAACAUCGAAGGCGGGACUGACUCCUCACUCACAAACCUACGGCCCCUCCCCGGCGCCCCGGACGCCGAAUCAGAAUCAAGUGGCUCUCUCCGACCUCUGCCCAACGCAUCAUCCCAAACCGGCGGAACCGCCACGGACGUGGAGGCUAGUAGUAGCAGUAGUACCUUGCUAGUAACCGCCCUCCUGCCGACCACGACUGGUACCGGUGCGGCUGGCGGGUCGGGCAGUGAGGCCUCGGCGCUGACCACGCUCACGACGGUCGGCGGCGACGGGGUCACGAGCACGUUGGUGACGGCUGUGGCGGUGCAGACUGGUGCUGGUGCUGGUAGGCUGGCGAGCAACGGGAGUGCGAGUGGCGGCAUCGCAGCCGGGUCGGGAGCCGAGAGUGGAGUGCCGGGCGUGAGGAGUGUGGUCGUGGCUGUGGUGGGUGGGAUGGUGGGCUUGUUGGGGGUGUUGAUGAUGUAGGGUGUGUGUAUGUAUGUGUGUGUGUGAGGGGGAACGUGGGACUUUUGGGGAACAAAGGGGUUCGAGGUGAGGGGAGAGGGAGUUUGUCGGUUGAGUUGAGUUGAGUUGAGUUGAGUUCUCUGGCUGGGCCAUGCUGCGGGCAGUUUUCUUACAAGUCUACAUUAUUGGUAAUUUCAGGGUUUGCCAUCCACAGUCUGGGACGCGCUGGUGUUGGGAAGUUGACAACGGAGGCAUGACGAGCUUCUUGUAGCGCUAGGAUAGGCAGAAACAACUAUGAAUGAACUACUAACAGAAGAGCGAACCUUGGAUGUCACGUCGUUGGUGGUUCGAUAUAGCACGCUAACUUGGGUUACUAUAUACGAUUGCCUUAGGUCUGGGGAAAAUGACAAGCUUAGGUACGCUUACGUAUAUAUAAGAUAAGCGAUAUUGGCAC